AUGGAAACUAAAGCAGUCCUUAAAAGAAAACAAAAAGCCCUCGCCAAAAAGCGAGAACUCGAAAUCGAAUCCCAAAAAGCCCAAGAGGCCGCUCAAGAGGCCGUACAAGAAGACACCAAGACUCCUGACCAAGACCAAGACGAAGGUGAAGGCCACCAGAGCGAUAAGGAAGAGUCUUCUCAGAAAACAGCCCCUGAGAAUGGUCCAAGUGCUAAAAUAUUAGCUGAUGGGAAGGAGAAAGAGGAAUACUUCGCACAAGUCAAAUUUACUGAUCUUGAGAUUUGUGAUCUUACUAAGAAAUCUAUUGAGAAGAUGCAAUAUGAGGUUUGCACUCCAAUCCAGGAAAAGUCUAUUCCACAACUCUUGAGAGGAAGAGAUGUAUUGGGAGCAGCCAAGACAGGAAGUGGUAAAACUCUUGCAUACAUGAUUCCAGCAGUAGAAAUGUUAUUCAAAGCAGGAUUCAACAUUAAGAAUGGUACAGGAGUGUUAGUAAUUGCUCCAACUAGAGAACUUGCACUUCAAAAUUAUAAUGUAGCAAAAGAUCUCUUGUUCUAUCAUAGUAAAACACAUGGAGUCGUUAUGGGAGGUGCUAAGAAGAGUACUGAAGCCAAUAUGCUCAAGAAAGGAAUCAAUCUUCUCGUUGCCACUCCUGGAAGACUUCUUGACCACCUUGAAAACACUGAUGGCUUUGUGUUUCACAACCUAAAGAUGCUAAUUAUCGACGAAGCUGAUGCAAUCUUGAAAAUCGGUUUUGAGGAAGAAAUGAACAAAAUCUUAAAGCUAUUACCAAAGGAAAGACAGACUGUUCUCUUCUCAGCAACUCAAACUAAGAAGGUUGAAGAUUUAUGUAGAGUAUCUCUUAAAGACCCUUACAUGGUUGAGAUCAACAACAAAUCUUUAGCUCCAACUGUAGCUUCAUUAGAGCAAGGCUUUGUUAAAAUUGAGAGUGAUGUUAAGUUCAGACUCUUAUUUACAUUCUUGAGAAAGAAUAUAAAGAAAAAGGUCAUGGUAUUCAUGAGCUCUUGCAAUGCAGUAAAGUUCUACUCAGAUCUUCUCAAUUAUGUUGAUGUUCCAGUGAAGGAGAUCCACGGAAAGCAGAACCAGCAAAAGAGAACCUCAACUUAUUUCGAUUUCUGUGAAGCAACUGAGGGUGUCCUCAUUUGUACUGAUGUAGCUCAGAGAGGACUCGAUUUCCCAGCAGUUGAUUGGAUUGUUCAAUAUGAUCCACCAGAUGAUCCAGCUGAAUACAUUCACAGAGUUGGAAGAACUGCUAGAGGCUCUUCCUCUCAAGGAAGAGCUCUUCUCUUCCUUCUAGAAUCAGAACUUGGAUUUCUUCACUAUCUUAAAAAGGCAAGAAUUCCUUUGAAUGAAUAUGAAUUCCCUGAGAGCAAGCUAGCGAACAUCGGUAGCCAAUUUGAGAAACUUGUUGAAAGGAACUAUUUUCUUAACCAGUCUGCUAGAGAGGCUUACCGUUCUUACAUUCAGUCUUAUGCUAGUCAUUCCCAUAAAGACAUUUUCAACGUACAUGAGCUUGAUCUCCAGAAAGUAAGCAAGUCCUUUGGACUUGCUGUCCCUCCUAGAGUGAAUCUCAACGUGAAACUUGGUGGUAAAAACUCCAGGAAGCGGAACAAGGUCGCAGCUCCAGUGAAGGGCAUUAAGAGGAGCAGACACCGUGAAAAAUCUUAUGGCGACUCUAGACAAUUUCAGAGAUAA